AUGACAUCUAUCGGUACUGGAUAUGAUCUAUCGAACUCCGUCUUUUCUCCAGACGGUCGCAAUUUCCAGGUGGAAUACGCAGUCAAGGCGGUCGAAAAUGGAGGGACAGCUAUAGGUAUUAGAUGCAAGGACGGAGUUGUCCUGGCGGUAGAAAAGAUCGUCACGAGUAAGCUUUUGAAGCCAGGUGCGAAUAAGAAGAUCGCGACAGUGGAUCGCCAUGUGGGCAUUGUCUCAGCGGGAUUAGUCCCAGAUGGUCGUCACUUCGUCUCGCGAGCUAGAGACGAAGCUUCCUCGUGGAGAAGCGUAUACAAAGGGCCCAUCCCGAUCUCCGCCCUGGCCAAUCGUCUUGGCAGUUAUGUCCAAGCUUACACUCUCUACUCCAGUGUACGACCAUUUGGAGUUACAGCUAUUGUCGGAGGUUGGGAUUCUGAAACCGAACUUGCUGUUGAUGGUCAAGUAGGAACCGGACCGGCUUCGGGUUCCGGCGGUAAAAUUUCAGGUGCGAAGGUUGGUGGGCCGGGUCUUUAUAUGAUCGAGCCCAGUGGGCUGUACUGGGGUUACUAUGGCGCGGCCACUGGCAAGGGAAGACAGGCAGCGAAAGCUGAACUUGAGAAGUUGGACCUUGCCUCCGAAAAGUUGACUCUGCUCGAUGCCGUCAGAGAAGCCGCCCGAAUCAUAUACGUGGCCCACGAAGACAGCAAGGAUAAGGAGUUUGAGUUGGAGAUGUCUUGGAUCAGCUCAUUAGACGGUCCGACCAAAGGGAAGCACGAAGAGGUACCUAGGGAACUUCUUGAAGAGGCCGAAAAGGCAGCGAAGAGAGCUUUGGAGGGGGAAGACGAGGACGAGGAAGAGACGACAAAGAAUGAUGGCAAUGAAGGCGAGCGAAUGGAGGAAUAG